AGACUUGACCAUGUUUGGGCAUGGAGACUCGACCCAGAUGGGACUGAAGACUGCUUCCCUGGAGACCAACCAGGAGACCAAACUUCCUGCUAAAGCCUGACGACGUGGCAUGGGGGUGGGGGCCGGAUAGAAAGAAACCAUCUGCUGGUGGAGACCCGGGGAACUAAAUGACUGCUGUCCCCGGUGGCCAUGGGGAAGAAGCUGGUGAUGGCCCAGAAGCGUGGAGAGACACGAGCCCUCUGCCUGGGAGUGACAAUGGUAGUGUGUGCGGCCAUCACCUACUACAUCCUGGGUACCACUGUGCUGCCCCUCUACCAGAAAAGUGUGUGGACCCAGGAAUCUAUCUGUCACCUGAUUGAAACCAACAUCAAGGACCAUGAUGAGUUGGAAGGCAGGAAGGUGCUCCAGUACCCAUGCCUGUGGGUCAAUGUAUCAGCUGUGGGCAGAUGGGCCAUGCUGUAUCACACAGAGGACACUCGGGACCAAAACCAGCAGUGCUCCUACAUCCCUGGCAACCUGGACAACUACCAGAUGGCCCUGGCUGAUGUGGAGAAGGUCAGAGGCAAUUUCCAUGAGCACCAGACUUUCUACUGCUUCUCUGCACCCCAAGUCAAUGAGACCACCGUUGUGUAUCGGCGCCUCUAUGGGCCCCAAGUCCUCCUCUUCUCCUUCUUCUGGCCCACCUUCCUGCUGACUGGGGGCCUCCUCAUUAUUGCCAUGGUGAAGCUCAACAGGUCCCUAUCCAUCUUGGCAGCUCAGAGGUAGAACAAUCUACUCUGCCCCACAGCGCGGGAGUCAUCGGGGACAGCAGGGGUCACAGGCAGGGUUGCUCAUCACUCUUCCUUUUCUUUUGUUUGUUCAACAUCUUUGCGAAGUCAUUUCCUACUCAAGAAUGUUUAAUAGCUUUCCAGUGCCUUUGGAUGACAAAGAGCUAGCCAGUUACAGCUCCUUGCUCCCUGUCCUCAGUUGGUUCAUGUCUGUUAACUACUAUGUCGGUAUAUACGCCCCAGAUGAUGAAUAUUGUCACCUCUGUUCCUAUGUUCUCUCUCUUAGCUCAAAUGCCUGCCUAUCGCUCCCAAGAUAUUCUCCCUGGCCAAAUUCAGCUUCUUUCAAUUGUCACAAAAACAAGAGCUCUCAUUUAUAGGGCAACUUAGUGUAUUGCUUUUUGUUGAGGACGUUAAGUCACACAUUAUUCUGAAAUUUAAAAUUACUGCUGUCCUUCAAUAUCCACAGGAACUAGUUCCGAGACUCCCUCAGAUGCCAAAAAUCCCUUAAUAUAAAGUGAUGCAGUGUGUGUGUGUGUGUGUGUGUGUGUGUGUGUGUGUGUGUGUGUGUGAGAGAGAGAGAGAGAGAGAGAGAGAGAGAGAGAGAGAGAGAGAGAGAGAGAGAGAGGGAGGGAGACUUCUGCACACCUUCUAUGUGCCUCACAACAUCUCCAGGUGACCAAUAACACCCACCACAAUGUUAAUGCUGUAAAUGGUUUUCAUUUUCUAUGGUUUAGGGAAUUAUGAUGAGAAAGGGUCCAUCUAUGCUCACUGCAGAUGCAAUUUUCCCCCAAAUACUUUCAAUCUGCAGUUGAUUGAAUGCAAUGGGGCAGAACCUCUUGAUACAGAGUCCAAGAAUAUUCACACAAUAACAAAAGUCUUUGAGGAAAUAAAUACAUCAAAAUAUUAA